AGAAAGUGAAUUUACAUAUUGUGAGUGAUACAGAAUGAGUGAAAUGCAGGCACUAGAUAAUGGAGAGUUGAACAGAAUGGAAGAAACGAAACUGUUUUGUGAGGAAAUGAAAGAAGCUCAAAAAGCAGCGAUGGAAAAACGGUGGCAAGAUUUCAAGAAAAAGAUGAUGGAAAACCAGGGAAACAUCCUCACGCAGUUUGACUUGUUAGGAAACAACGCGAUUCAUGUGGCAACUUGCUCCUACCCUGAACUUCUGAAAGAGAUGAUAGAAAUGGUGCCUGAAGGAGAAAGAUGGCAUGCUUUGUGCAAGCAGAAUGGUGAGGGAAACAGCGUCUUGCAUGAGAUCGUGUUUUCCAAAAAGGCAAAGGAAAUGGCUGAGGUUGUAUUCAGAUUUGAACAUCAGUUGCUGCCACAAGAAAUGGAGGAGCAGAGGUCAUUGCUAGAGCUUAGAAACAACAGAGGAGAAACUCCUUUGUUCGUUGCUGCCAUGCAUGGAAAGCUCAAGAUUCUUAAGUAUAUGGCUAAGCGUGUAGGCGCCAUGGACAAUCUUCGGAAACAUUUUCGUCGAUCUGACAAAUAUAACGCCCUUCAUGCCAGUGUUAUUGGCCAACAUUUUCAUGUUGCAAUUUGGCUGCAAAGAAAAGACGAAACACUUGCUUUGGAAAGGGAUGAGAAACAAUUAACAAGUCUUCAAUUACUUUCGAAAAUACCACAGGUUUUUCGAAGCCAUAUUCAUCUCGGACUUGUCAAGAACGUCAUAUAUAUUUUGCUUCCUGAUGAAUAUGAUAAUAAUGAUGAGUUUAACCAAAAAAAGGAUGAAGAAAAUAGUAAAGAGGAUCAGUCUAAAGUCUGCAAAUCUGCCAUUUCAAAGAUAAACUAUGGCUUUUGGAAAUGCUUGGCGGCAGAGUUUGAAGGAAUUGACCACAUGUGGAAGGCAAAAAAAAAACAUAAGUUGGCUGAACAACUAGCCAGCACUUUAGUAAUAUAUGACUUAUCAUGGCAAGUAUCAAACAAUGAGUAUAAUAGGACAUUAUUGAUUACAAUGCCACAUGAUCCUUUAAAUGUGACAAAAAGGAGAAGAGUAAGUAUACAGAAAAGGGAAGAAAGGCGCAAGAACAUUGAAGAAAGACCAGAACGCACAGCAUUGUUUAUAGCAGCUAAAACUGGAAUUGUAGAAAUUGUUAAAAAGUUUCUUGAAGUGUAUCCUGCAUCUAUAUAUCAUGUCACCGAGAAUAAGCAGAACAUAUUAACAAUGGCGGUUAAAUAUCGACAGAAAAAAAUCCUUAAAAUAAUAAAAAGAACAGGUACCAUGGAAUCAUUGGUUGGUCAAAUCACAGAUAAAGGAAGAACCGUCUUGCAUGAAGUUGCAAGAAUGGAUUAUUACAAAGCAGAGCACUUAGCUGGAGUGGCAUUCCAUCUACAAGAUGAAUUGCGUUGGUAUGAUACUGUGAGAAGAUUCACACCUAAACAUUACAACAUGCACUCUGACAUAGAUGGACACACACCAGAAGACAUGUUAGAAAUUGAGCAUGAUGCAAUGCUUAAAGAGGCACAAAAAUGGUUGAAGGAAACAGCUCAAUCAUGUUCCACGGUUGCUAUUCUGGUAGCCACAGUUGUAUUUGCUGCUGCAUACACCAUUCCAGGUGGAACUGAAAAUGGCACUCCGGUGUUUCUUCAUUCAAGUGAGUUUCUCUUUUUCACCAUCAUGGAUGUUGUGGCUCUUGCUACCUCACUUGCUUCAGUCGUGGUCUUCCUUUCCAUUCUCACUUCUCCAUGUGAAUUAUGGGAUUUUCAUAAGUCUCUCCCAAGAAAACUCAAUCUGGGAUUUGCUUUGUUGUUCUUAUCAUUGAUGACAACAAUGCUUGCAUUCAGUGCAACCAUGUUGCUGACCAUUCGAUUGGAAUGGAAGAAUUGGACUUCCACAUUGAUAUAUAGUGCUGCUUUCUUUCCUGUCACCAUUUUUGCAAUCAUUCAGUUUCCUGUUUAUGUGAUGGUUCGAAGCAUCACCAAGCAUCUUUGGAAGCAAGUUAAGAAGGUUUUUCCAACAAGAUUGAUUGAACACUGCAUGAGUAACUGUUGAUGUUAUUAGCAUUGGAUAAAGUACACAAGAACACAUUCUCAGAGUUUUUAACUUUUGUUUGGAGUUUGGUAAUACAUUUGGAUUAAUGAUGUAUGAUUUUUUACAUAGUGUGAUUGGGUAUAUAAUU